GAGGAGAGGAGUGAAGAGCCAGAGACACGGAGGGCUGGAAGAGGAAACUCUGAGGAAAAGCCAUGACCGAACGGAACCGGACAGAAGCGAAGAGCAGCAGCCGCGGAGGAGACACUUUUACUCCCUGACACUGUCACAUGUGAGAGGAGAGACAGAGAGGAGGGGGAGAGAGAGAGAGAGAGAGAAGGUAAAGAGUUUUAAACAUGGAGGAUCAUCACAGGAGGCAGCAGGAGUGACUGUCCCCACUGAAGACAACUGAGAGGGAGAUAAUGACGUCACCAACUUUCACUGGUGAUGUCACCAACUUUCACUGGUGAUGUCACCAACCUCUAGUGGUGAUUCCACUCAUCUCAUCAUGUGACCUGGGUCAGUUGAUGGACAGGCAAUGACCUCCUUAUUCCUGCUGCUCCGUCGUCCAAUCGGCUGUCAGGACUGUAGACCGUGUGUGUGUGUGUUCAGGAGAGGAACUGUCACCUGCAGAAAUCCAUCGUUCUCUGGCCGUGUCAGUGAACCAGGUGAACCUCCAGGUGAACCUCCAGGUGAACCUCCAGUCUGCUGGGCGGCUUGUGUUUCCAGGAUUUCCAGAUUUUCCAGCCAAAUAUUCUAACGACGGGGGAACUCUGGACAAUGGAAGACGAUCUCCAGGAUCCCCCACUGGAUCAAGACUUCCAGCAGUGCAGCUCUGCGGUGACUCCUCAAGACCAAGAACAGGACCAGAGUUCUGAUUGUCCUCCCUCUGAUCUGGAUCGGGAUGGAGUUCUAGAUGCAGACAGGAUUGAUGAGGUUCAGAUGGCGGUCCUUGGUGGUCACAAAGAAGAAACACAACAGUCAAAUCUGUUUACAGGUGUUUUCCAACAGGGUUUGUUACAAACGGAGCAGAUCCAGGACCGAGGGUCAGCAGCUGACGUGGACAGAGGUUUGCCUCAGGACCAGGACCUGACAACUGCUGCAGCCAAUGAGGACGAGGCUCGGGCGUCAUGUGACGGCGUCCCAGCGUUGGUUGUCACUCAGGCAGAGGAGGUGGGACAGAAAGGCAUGAUGGGAAGUAAAGCGUCAGCCGCUUCAGUCAAGCCUCCGCCGAGUCCAGAACCACCAGAGAGACCCGGAGAACCGGCGAGGGUCUCCACAGAUCCCAGUCUGAGCUGCAGCGGUGACGGACGAGACAUGACCUGCGCCGACCUCCUGUCUCUGAGGAGCGACUCCGUGUCUCUGGCCAGUGAGACGACCGUCUCCAGGAGGAGUGAAGAGGACGACACCAGGAGUUUGACCACCUCCUCUGUCAUGUCUCUGUUCCACAGGCUGCAGCUGGAUCCUCUGGAGAAGGCCUGGUGGCGGAGCUCCGCUCUGGGGAACAUGGCGGCGCAGAGGCAGCUGCUCGCUCAGGAACCGAGUCUGGUGUUGAAAAAAGACUUCCUCACCGGGUAUACAGCACUUCACUGGGCAGCGAAGCAGGGACGUCAGGAGGUGGUGGACAUGAUGCUUCGCUCCGGCGCCAACGUCAACGUCAGAUCACAUGGGGGUUACACACCUCUACACCUGGCGUCCAUCCACGGACACCAGCACGUUGUCCACGCCCUCGUCAACGACUACAAUGCUAAAACCAGCGUCAGAGAUUAUCACGGGAAGGUGGCGGUUCAUUACUGGAGCGGCUGCUCCGACGUCUUCCACAUAGCGGAGACUCAGGAAGCAGGUGGGAGGUUUUCUCGAAGACGUAGGACGCAGCGCAGCUCUCUGUCCUCUCUGUCCUCUCUGUCCUCUCUGCUCAUGUCUCACUCCCGCAGUCAGGGACCUUCAGGUUUGAGUGUCCCUGCUGCAGAGAGUGAGUAUGUUCAGGGACCGCCUCCCAUCUGAGGAAGAGGAACUGAACUUUCCCUGUCAUGUUACUGCUGUUGCCUAUAGCAACAAAUCUGCAGCAGGUUUUACAGUUUGUUUGUUAGCGUUUUUGUCGCUUCGGAAACCGAUAAUUCUCCCACACCAAAGUCCAGAGAGAAAAUUGACAUCACAGCACACAACUCGAUCCACUGUUGCCUCCUCACUGAGUUUAAACGUGUAUUAAAAACCUUUGAAAACCUUUGAAAA